CCUGGCUCGUCCGCACUCAGAAAAGCUCCGUCGAGUGUGGCGGGGCGAUGAGAAGCUAGCCAGCCUUCGAACUGGGAGCCAAGAGCCGCGGGCGGUGUGAGGAACUUCUUCCAGAAUCUUCCUACGUCCAAGGCUUCGCUCUGAGCCAGGAGUGAAGGUCGAGUGCUCAGGUCUCAUUGUGGUUCCCGUAGGCACUGCGUUCAUAUUAGGAAGCGACCUUCGGGUCGCGAGAUGGAAGCACGCAUCCGCAAGGCCGUGUAACUGGAGCCGCGGGAGCCAACUGAUCGGCAGCGCGGCGGGCACCCCAGUUCAACCCGUGGAUGUUGACCGCCCCCUCGGAGAGUCCCCGAAGACAUGGCUGAGAGCUGGCUGCGCCUCUCGGGAGCGGGGCUGGCAGAGGAGACCGGGCUGGAGGGCGGGCUAGAGGAGUCCGAUGCCCUGGAUGACAGCCUGACCAGCCUACAGUGGCUGCAGGAGUUCUCCAUUCUCAACGCCAAGGCCCCUACCCUUCCCCCGGGGGGCACUGACCCCCAUGGCUACCACCAGGUUCCAGGUUUGGUGGCACCUGGGUCGCCUCUGGCGGCAGACCCCGCCUGCCUGGGGCAGCCUCACACGCCAGGCAAGCCCACAUCUUCAUGCACGUCGCGGAGUGCGCCCCCAGGGCUGCAGGCCCCGCCCCCGGACGACGUAGACUACGCCACCAACCCGCACGUGAAGCCACCCUACUCCUAUGCCACACUCAUCUGCAUGGCCAUGCAGGCCAGCAAGGCCACCAAGAUCACCCUGUCGGCCAUCUACAAGUGGAUCACGGACAACUUCUGCUACUUCCGCCAUGCUGAUCCUACCUGGCAGAAUUCCAUCCGCCACAACCUGUCCCUGAACAAGUGCUUCAUCAAAGUGCCCCGGGAGAAGGAUGAACCAGGCAAGGGGGGCUUCUGGCGCAUUGACCCCCAGUAUGCAGAGCGGUUGCUAAGCGGGGCCUUCAAGAAGAGGCGGCUGCCCCCAGUCCACAUCCACCCUGCCUUUGCCCGCCAGGCUAUGCAAGAGCCUAGGGCUGCCACCUGGGCCAGGCCGCUGACCGUGAACACCGAGGCCCAGCAGCUGCUAAGGGAGUUUGAGGAGGCCACAGGGGAGGCAGGCUGGGGCAUGGGUGAGGGCAGGCUUGGGCGUAAGCGCAAGCAGUCGCUGCCAAAGCGGGUAGCCAAGGUCCCUCGGGUCUCCAGCACCCUGCUGCUGACCCAGGAGGAGCAGGGCGAGCUGGAACCCCUCAAAGGCAACUUUGACUGGGAGGCCAUCUUUGAGGCCAGCACUCUGGGCGGGGAGCUGAGCACACUGGAAGCCCUGGAGCUGAGCCCACCGCUGAGCCCCGCCUCCCAUGGAGACGUGGACCUCACUGUCCACGGCCGCCACAUCGACUGCCCUGCUACCUGGGGGCCUCCGGUGGAGCAAACCACCGCUGACAGCCUGGACUUUGAUGAGACCUUCCUGGCCACAUCCUUCCUGCAGCACCCCUGGGACGAAAGCGGCAGCAGCUGCCUGCCCCCAGAGCCCCUCUUCGAGGCAGGGGAUGCCACCCUGGCCGCUGACCUGCAGGACUGGGCCAGCGUGGGUGCCUUCUUGUAAGAGGUCAGGCCUUGUGCCGCCUCCAGACAGUGCCCAAGUCAGGGCCCAGAACUGCUCCCCAACACUGGCUCAUGGACAGGCAGGGGCUGGGCCAGGUUUCCUGAGGCUGGCUUCACACAGCCACACUGCUGCCAGCCCAGGUCACCCUCAGAUUCAACACCAACAGGCUGAGAACUGGGAGCCAAGGACCAGAACUGCUGCCUCCCCCUUCCCCCAUCAGUCCCCUACAUAUACAGUGUUUCAUGGAUCCAAGUUCACACUCCAGGGAUAGGCUAAUGGGCCCUGCACCAUGAGCACUGAGGCCUGGAGGAAUCCCAGCCAGGCUGGGCAGAAUAGAACAGGGCCCUCCCAUGCACCCCCUCUGCCCAGCUGCCCCUCCCGCUCCCUCCUGCUUCCUUGGGUCUCUAUCCAGACAAGGUUCCCAGGUACAACAAAUGCUAAUUAGGUGACAGUAAAUUAACCCCCUGGAGGCUUCUCCCUGGCAGAGCAUCCCUAAGGGCCAGAGUGGCUAUGAACUAGGGCGGAACUGACAAAGAACUAACUGGGGGAGGGGCAUGGAGAGAAGGCUGAAGUGAUAUGGGGGUGCAAGGUGGGGCAUAGAGUUGUUCUACAGGGCCUCUGGGGUCUUUGCCUGCCCAGCCCCAUCUAUAUGGGAAAGAAAAUCGAAGGAUGUAAAUCCCUGAUCUGAAGCCAGAUUUGAGGCUGGGAGCAGCAGGAAA